GGUUGCACACCGUGCGCAGCCUGAUUUGUGGUCCGUCAUGGAAGUCGGUGUUUGGAGAGUGUAAUAGUAUGCGUUUGGUAUUUGCGAUGGCAGAAACACAUGAGAGAGCUCCAACUGUGAUUGAUCGCUAUUAUACACGAUGGUAUAAAACAGGUGAGGUCAUAUAUGAAAGGGAGAUCAUGUGAAGAUCAUUGCAUCCUACAGCACUCGAACAGGAUCUGCAUCAUCACUCUUGCAGAGUCUCACCCCAUCCUCCAGCAGGGACGCAAAAUCAAGAGCAUCGAUUACCGUAUCAGUGACGGAUGCAGCCGCCUGAACAACAAAGUGUCUGGCAAAUCAAAGCGAGGGGGUCAGUUCCUGACAGAGUUUGCUCCACUGUGCAGAAUAACAUGCACAGAUGACAUUGAGUACACCAUCUUCAGCUGUAUCAGAGGACGCCUCUUAGAAGUCAAUGAAGACAUCCUGAAACGUCCUGAUCUUCUACUGGACAAGCCCUCCACUGACGGCUACAUAGCGGUCAUCCUACCCAAACUGGAAGAGAGCAAAACAGUCACCAAAGGCCUUCUGACCAGAGAAGAGUAUGAGGACGUCAUCUCUAAACGAAAUACUCAACCGCAAGAGUCUCUCUGAAAUCAAAAUUUAUACAAAUGGCCUCAGCAAGAAAAAAAAAAAAAGAAGGAAAAUGUUUCGGAUGUGACAUGAACCAAGACUAAAGGGCAUUCUCACUGUAACCAGUAUAUGUUCAUCCAUCCAUCCAUGCAUUUUCUGUACCGCUUAUCCUGUAUAUGUUCAUAUUUAUUACUAGUUUGUUUUGUUGUUUUUUUUAUUUCUAUUAUUUAGUUUUAUACUGGAUUAGAGAAUAAUAAUAAUAAUAAUAAUAAUAAUAAUAAUAAUGUAAUAAUGAUUUAGCCGAUAUUGAAUUGUUGCACAUUUUUUGUAUUUGGGACAAAUUAUUGAUUUUAUAUCAUUUGAAAUAUCUGACUAGUUACCAGGAUCAGAUUUGUAUUUGGACUCGCCAAUAUUUAGUCAGUUUGGUUAUUACAUGACAUGUAUAUUACCAUAUUUUGCGCACACACAAAAGAAUUUGUAAAUACGAAAAUAAAUGACAUUGUCCACAAUCUAAGAAAAAUAAUGUAUAUUUAGACUUUCUUUGUGUAACAAUCAUUCAACCGUCAAAAGGAUCCAAAUGGUCCAAAACUAGUUUCACACAAAUUCAUAGUUUCUCUGUCAUCACUAAAGCUUAAAGUUUGACUGCAGUGUUAUGAGCAUGUUCUGAAACUUCACACGUGAACAGAUACAUUUUGGACACUUCACUCAUCAUAGUAAGUGAGGCGUGAGGCAGAAAGGAAAGGUAAGAUCAUGCUGCACGAACCGCUCGAUCCCAAGCACAUCGCAGUUAAGUGUCUUGAUUUUUUAGAAAGUCUUCAUCCUGACAGUUUGGAGUUACUGUACCAGAGCUCGGCGCAUUUCAAGUAACAGUACAAAUCACAGUGACCUACAGGACAGUCCAUAUGAAGAGGCAGUUACCGUCACUACAAAUACACAAACAAAACUUGCUUUUAAUACCGUAAGGGUCACUUUUAUACUAAAGUGACAUUCUUCAGCACUGCUUUUUUGGGAGCAGUCUUUCGGCACGUUGGAAACGUUAAGUCCGUGACAUGGGGCUUCACACCCUGGUGCUGACGGCCUGAGAGAUGACGGAAACUGGACGUAUUUGGCGUCAAUGUGUAAAUGAGGCAGAUACAUUAAAUACAGUGUGUCAGUGUCCUACACUAAAACAACCGAGGCAGAUUUCACUUAUAUUUUUUCGAGCUACUCUGUUAACACCAUAUCACUUAGUGAAAAAUAUCAACUCUGUCUUAAUGGUAGCUUUUUCAGCAGUAGUAAAUAGCAGGGCAGUGUGGAAUUGACCCCAAAACAUGUACUGAUUUAUACAAAGAGAAAGAAAAAGUGUGUUUGUGUUUUGGUUUUUCAGGG